AUGGCCUCCUUCCUCCCUGUCAACACCUCCGACGACGCCAUGGACGGAGCAGCCACCCCUCGUGCAACCCCCAAUGGCGUCCCCGGCCCCCCGGACGCCGCGACAGCCGACCACCCUCCCGACGGGGCACACAGCCGCGGCAGCGACGCUUCCUCUCGCACGACCGUGACCCAUGUCCGCACGCCGUCCAUGUCGGACGAGCCCAUGCAGGACUCGGAGGGGGAGCAGGAGGACUCGGAUCACGACCAGGAUCUGGGGAGCAAUGCCCCACCCUCGAAAAAGAAGAAGGGACAACGGUUUUUCUGCACUGAUUUUCCUCCAUGCAAUUUGAGCUUCACCCGGAGUGAACACCUGGCCCGACACAUUCGCAAGCACACCGGCGAGCGUCCCUUCCAAUGCCACUGCUCGCGGCGCUUCUCCCGCCUCGACAAUCUCCGACAGCAUGCGCAGACAGUCCACGUGAACGAGGAGAUCCCGGGAGACUCGCUGGCCGCCACGGGAACCCGAUUCCAGCGUCAGGUCCGGACCGAUAGAGUGCGCCCGCCGGGUCGGGCGCGGGCAGGCACAGGAGGCAGUAUUGGAGGACAUAGCCGAGGGCAUAGCAGGAAUCUGUCCACGUCGAGCAUUGCGUCCAACACAUCGACCUUCAGCCAGCCCCCCGAGCUGCGGCGGCGGCCCCCGCCCUUGAUCAUGGCCAAUGACCCCGCAGCCCGAUCUCGUCUGGCCAUGGAAUCCAUGGGGGAGCCGCCCAGUACCCCUCCAGGGCAGAUCCGAGGGGUACCUGGCCCCGCUGGGUCACCGUAUACCCCCUCCAACAUGUUCGCCGCUGGUGGGGGGAGCCCGCAAUUUGCCUCGCCCAUGUCGACCACAUCACAUGGCUUCUGGGAUGGCAAGACGGCGGCUCGCCGUCUGUCCGUGCCGACCAGCAGCAAUCCGUUCCUUGCACAAGGUAACGCAUAUCCCCCGGUCUAUCAUGCCCCGGGGGUGCCGUAUCCCGCGGCCGCGGGCGUGUUCGCAAGCCCCGCCAGCUCGCACUAUGGAUCUCGUGAUGAGGGCACGCUCAGUGCUGCGGAGGCUGAAAUGCGCCGGCGGACCUGGCACCCUUCUUCAUACACUGGGUUCCCGCGCCCUGGCACAAGUGGCUUGAAUCAUUACCACACCCCGGACACAGUGCCCGCCUCGUUUGGUGGAAAUGGAUCUGUAGAGAAUCCGCCUCGACUCCCUGGCAUCGAGAGCUUCGAUAAAGUAGUCUCCCAGCAGCGACCAAUGACUCCCCCGGGUCGGAAAGCGAGCCCCAUGCAGAUUGAUGGUCACCAGCGCCAACCGUCCGGCCCUCCCCAGGCGUUCGGCUCGGGCUUCAAUUAUACACAGCCCGCCCAUCGGCCCCCGCCGCCCAUCUCCGGCCCUGGUCAUCGCCGUGGACAUGUAUCGUGGGAUAUGUCCUUGCAUCAUAACCUCACCGGCCUCGACAUCCGUGAUCGACGCCCGUCUACUGCAUCUGCCUCCCAGUGGAGCCAGCAAACCAUUGCCGAACUGCAAAACGUCUCCUCCCGGCCAUCCUCAUCGUACCAACCCAGCUUUGGCCCCACGGCCGAGCGAAGCCCGGAGGAGUUCCGUUCCCAUCGUCCCAGUCUUUCCACCAGCAGUCGACCGGCACGCACCUCCCCCGAAGAUUCCAGCAGUAGCGAAGGGGUCCACACCCCAUCCACUGCAUCCCUCGAAUAUCACCCCGCGAUUGUGCAUAGCAGUGGAUACAUCGAGCCCAACGACUCCCCGCUCCCCACCGAACACCCUCCACCGAUCUGUAGUCGGCAAUCCUCCCACGUGGACGACUUCCAAGGCACCGACCGAGAGCCCCGAUCCAACAUGUACCCUGACUCGACCCGCACCUCAGGCAUGGGCCGUCUGGAGGCUCUCGUCGCCGUCGCCACGAGCGAGAAUAAAGGAGCAGCUAAGCUGUUUCUGUAA